UUUUUCCUGCCGAGAUUGGUCUUGAUUACGCUUAAAUUUGACGCGCAAAAUUUGUCGAAAACUUCAUUUGAGCAACCUCACUUGAUUGCAAAAUAUACUGGAAUACAAGGGAAUCAAGAUAGCGCUCAUGCUGUCCGUGUGGUUGGUGGUGUUAUCCACCCUCGUCGCCGCGAGUCUUGGAAGCAUUGCUCUAGGGAAGCGAUCUGAUUUUUCCAUGUCUGACAACCAGUUUUAUCGCGUCGGAGACACGAAACUGGAUGAUGAGGUCACAGACUGUGCUCUUGUAGAACAUCAGUUCAAGAAAGGAUAUAUCCGAUUGCGAGAGUAUCUGGAGCGGAGAAGGGGAUGUGGAAGACAAGGAAAACUUAAAAACAUCGAAGGAAUUGAAAAGUCAACAGAGGAUGACAUUAACAACGAAAACAUCGCCGAGAUCGCCAAAUCUGCCACUGAAGACUUUCACUACUCUGUGCCGUCUCCAUUGCCCGUCGCCAAGAAAGUCCCUAAGCUCAAAACUAUUCCUCAAGUGAUCAACAUUUAUCAGCCUCAUAAAAUGGCUUAUGUGCCCCGCAGGCAUCCUGUGCCAGUGGCGACAGCAACAGGAAAAACAGCAGUACAGCACACUCCCGCCCGCCCCGCUCUCCAAGCCACGGUACAAAGGAACAAGCCAGCAAGACCAAGCUUGAGCGACUAUCAAAGCAAAUCUCAGAAUUUAGGACUUUCCUUUAAGAGCAACCCAUCUGUCGCGGCUUUUCCAGGCUCUGUGGAGAAUCAAAACACACAGGCUCUAUUCACUAACGCGCUCGGGGAUCAAUACACGCGUCUGGCUUCCAACUACGAUCACCUCGAUCAACCAAAACCCAACCACGACCUACUUCAAACAUUUUAUCCAGGCACAUUUCAAGAAGGCUCACACACUGGAGAAACUGUUGCUGUGGGUCAACCGCUGUUCGUUCAAAAAGCCCGCGUCCAAACCACCACUAAUCCUCAAAACAAAAUGUCCAGCUUCCUAAAAAAUGCAAUAAAUAACUUCAAUAAGCCCUCAUUAAGCACGCCUGCUAGUACCAGUACAUAUAAAGGACCAAGUAUUAACUCUAAACCACAGGUUUUGAAUAAACCUACCACAAAAAUUAAUGCUCAAAGUAACCCGGACGAAAAUAUCGACGAAAAUCUUGCAGCUAUGCGCGAUCCCGAAAAAGACGACAGCAAUGGUUCAAUCGAUGAAAAACCUACUCCGGAACCUGGAAUUGACGAUAAACCAGCUAACCAAGCCACCAUCAUUCCUUCUAAUGAUCCCAGCUCAUUGUCUUUAUCACAGAGACCUAGAGUACAAUUAGAACCAAUGAAACCUGUUUCAGACAUGUCAAACGGGCUUGGAAAGCCGAUUUUGAAAGGAACCCCUACAUCUGUAAACAAACCGCAGAAUGCUGUAGCUCAACACAACACUGCUCCAGAAAAGCUUCAACAGCCUUCAGUCAACUUUGAUGUCCUCAAAAACAAAAUUAUGCAUACAACCAAUGCAACUUUCCUACGGCGCAUGCUCACGCUUAUUCAAAAGAUCACUCAUCACAAAGACUUUUCGAAACUGCAAGCCCCUGCUCGGAGUCUGGUGACCCAGGCGAACACCGCUGUCCAGGCGCUCACUAAUGCGUAUAAAGAGAGAGUUUCGUCAACACCGCUGGCCGGUGGAAAUGGUGACCAGCUAUAUCCCCUGAGUAAGAAGUCCGCUGUCCAGAGAUUUAGUCAGGCGUACAACGGGAGAAUUUCAGCUUCGCCGCUAAAUCUCGGAAUUGUUAACCAGAUUUAUAGGAAUGUCUAUCCAGCGACCAAAAAGUCGACUCUCCCAGUGAUGAAUCAAGCGUAUAACCCAAGGAUCGCAGCCAUAAGACCUGCUAACCAAUUUUAUGGCAACAACUAUUCGGGGCUGACCAAAAAAUUCCAAAUAGCAAGGAAUCCCUAUUACCAGAACUAUUACCAAUACAGACAACCGUAUUACAGCAAUUUGCAGAGUAUGCAAUACGGGUUAUACAACGGCAAUGAACCAUGAGUUAAACUGUUUGAAAUGACUCAGACUUAAAAAACCAAUGUCACCUGUUAUAGGUUUUCACAGCGUUAAUAAGUGAACAGCGCAUAAUAAAUGCAUCCGAGUAGACAAGCCUUUGGACUAGACUAUUCCUCUCCAUCAUCUUCACCUACUACACUUUGUAUGUGAAUUGCUGAUUACCACGCAACUUAGCAAGUUGGACAGGCUGUAAUGAAGGGCGCUUACGAUUAUGACGAGCCAAUUAUGACUGGUUGUAAGCGCCCUGAGCAAAUGCUCUUUCUCUGUACUUUUGCCUAAUCGAUGAGGCUCUUACCCCUACUGUAACUUUAGAUAAAGUUCUCAACUUGUAUGAGAUUAAUUUUUUCUCUUUCUUCGUUCCUUGAUUUUUUGAUGCAACAUUUUUGCAGCUUACGUUAAAUCAAUAUUAUGUGGUUUCGUGCCGUUUUGUGGUUUGCAAAGUUUACUUGUCAUGUGAUAUUAGGUCACAUAAAAAGAAAAAACCCAUCACGGUAUUGUUGAGAAAUCAUGUCGAGAAAUCAAGAUUAGCCUAAUGUAGUCAUUUUUUGUAUACGCAUACUUUAAAGAUAAACUGAUUUUAGAUUUUAGACAGUCAGUUACCCCACAACCAAAUAUAGGAGAACCUUACUAACGACCACUGAAUUAAUGAAACACUAUAUAUAAUUGUAAAGGCU